AUGGCGUCCGAGGCGUCCCCGGCGUCGAAGCGGCCCCGGGAGGCCUUCGGCGACGUCGAGGCGCGGCGCUGGGCCGACGGGUCCGACGACCUGCGGACGAGCCUGCGCGCCGCGGCCCUCGGCGCGGGCCUCGACCUCGGCGCGUCGGCGGACUUCGACGCGCGGUACGAGCUGCUGGCGCCCAUCGGCAGCGGCGCCUUCUCCGUCGUCCGCGGCGUCAAAAGCCGGAGCGGCGGCGGCCCGCCGCUCUGCGUGAAAACGGUGGACGUGCGCCCUCUCCGGCUCCGGCCGAACUUCAGCCCGCGGCGCCUGCUGCGCGAGGCGACGAUCCUGAGCCGCGUCGCGCACGCGAACGUCGUGCGCUACGUCGGCUGCUACGAGGGGCCCGACGCGCUCCGCGUCGUGCUGGAGCGCGCGCCCGGCCGCGAGCUCUUCGAGGUCAUCCUCGAGCGGCGAUCUUUACCGGAGGCGGACGCGCGGCCCGUCGUCGCCCAGCUCACGUCGGCGCUGGCGUACCUCCACGCGAAUUCCGUCGCCCACCGCGACGUCAAGCCGGAGAACGUGCUCGUCGACCGGCAGGGGGACGAGUGGCGCGCGACGCUCAUCGACUUCGGGCUCUCCAAGGUCAUCAAAACGACGCCCUCCGGCGACGACGACGACCUGCCGGUCCUGGAGUCGAGCGCGGGGCGGACCUUCGUGGGCACGCCCUGCUACCUGGCGCCGGAGAUCGAGGCCAUCCACCGGGGCGGCGAGGGCGCGCCUCGCCACUACGGCGUCGAAGUCGACGCGUGGUCCCUGGGCGCGGUGCUCCACGUGAGCCUCGUGGCCCGCUUCCCCGAGUUCGACCGGUCCUCGGGGCGGCCGCUGGUGAAGGUCGACGGGCCGGCCUUCGCGCGCGUGUCCGCGGGCGCGAGGGACUUGGUGAGUCGGCUCAUGGACCCGGACCCGGCGACGCGACUGGCGACCGGCGACGCGCGGGCCCACGCCUGGCUC